AUGUGUAUUAAAUUUUGCGGUGCUUUUGAGUUGGCGUUGAGGGGACAUGACGAAACAUCUUCAUCUGAAAAUCCAGGUAUUUAUCAAGGUUUAAUCAACUUUGCCUCUGAAUUAGAUUCCGCUCUUGCCUUACAUUUAAUAGAUGCCAAAGUGUUUAAAAGCACCUCAAAAACAAUCCAGAAUGAUUUAUUAGAUGCUAUGUUUGAGGUAUAUCGAAAUGAACUGAUAAAUCAAAUAAAAUCCGCUAAGUUUAUUGCCAUAGAAGCCGACGAAACAACAGAUAUCUCAAAUCAACAACAAAUGGUAGUUAUAAUUCGGUAUGUUUUUAACGGUGAAAUUUUUGAGAUGUUUUGGGCAUUCGUUAAACCAGAGGGGUAUGCUGUAGAUAUUUUAGCCAAUUGCCUCAUGGACCAAUUGAAAUUAAUUUUAAAUUCACUGGCUGAUAAUUCUAAACUAAUAGCACAAAGCUACGACGGCGCAGCAGUAAUGAGUGGCAAAAAUAAUGGAGUACAGGCAAUAAUCAAGAACAUAUUUCCCCAAGCUCACUUCGUUCAUGAAUACUUGGAAAAUAUUAUUGAUCAACCAGGAAUGGAUUCAAAAACAAUAAGCGAGGCAUCUGGUUUAUUAAAGUUCUUAGAUUAUCCAGAGUUCAUGCAUAAACUCGAGGAAUUGAGAGCUCCCAAAUGCAAGCCGCAGUUGAUUAAUUUGAGCAACAAAUUGUUCAAAUCAGGCAAAGCUUUAAUGAUUUGGAGUGUGACGAAGAUGAAAUACAUCCUGCCAAGCAACCACGUGUGA